GGCAAGUGCGAGUCUUUGGGUGGUCGCUUGAAGCUCCGAGUUUUGCGUCUUUUCUCUGUCGUCUCUGUCUUUUCUUCCUUUUAUCCCGUUUUCCCAUUUUCCCUACUGUAGUUUUCUUCCUUUUGAUGCUGUUGCUGCUGUCAGAAAAUGAGGGUGUGUGUUUCGGGAGCCAGCAUUCUCUUGCUCGAGGACUGAACUUGGUGGCUUCUGGAGGUGGUCUUCCAUUUGGGUCUCUAAUGGCCGCCUCCUCCUCCUCUAAUUCUGAUGUAUAAUUUGACAAUCUACGCUAACAUGUGAACAAAAGUUGUUGGAGAGGAGUUGAGUUCCGAAGAUCCCCAGAAGUGUGUAGAUAGAAGAUCAGAGCAAGAUUUCUCUUAUGUAUGUAAAACUCCUUGACUGAGAUUUUGUUUUUUUCACCCAAGAUAAGAAUGAAACUGGGAUCCAAGAAAGCAUGGAAAUCAGUGGUUCCCCGUCGUUUGAGAGGCAAAUCAGCAACCCGAUUUUGCUUCCUUCCCAAGGCAAAGUCAGUUGACUAUGGUCCAGGCUGCGCACCAGUUUAUCUCAAUGUGUAUGAUCUGACCCCAAUGAAUGGAUAUGUUUACUGGGCUGGACUUGGCAUCUUUCAUUCUGGUGUAGAGGUUCAUGGUGUAGAAUAUGCAUUUGGAGCCCAUGACUAUCCAAGCAGUGGCGUAUUUGAGGUCGAACCUCGGCAGUGCCCUGGCUUCAAGUUUAGAAAAUCGAUAUUCAUUGGGAUCACCUCUUUGGACCCUACUCAGGUUAGGGAGUUCAUGGAAAACCAUGCCGCAAGCUACAAUGGUGAUUCAUAUCACUUGAUUUUUAAGAAUUGCAACCACUUCUGCAAGGAUGUUUGUUACAAGCUGACGGGGAAACAGAUUCCAAAAUGGGUCAAUCGGCUUGCAAGAAUAGGUUCUGCCUGCAACUGCUUACUUUCCGAAACCCUUAAGAUCACUACGGUACGUCAUGAACCUAACUGCCAACCAUGCGAAAGUGAGAAGCGGAGGUUAACAAACAACUUCAGUUGCCUGUCGUCGAUAUCGAUGAGGCAGAAGCAGUUAUCCACGUCCUCGUUAUUCCUCCGUUCUCCCUUGAGAGGCUGUCUACCGCCUUGGGAACUCAAAAGGUCUAACAAUGGCUCCUUGAAGGAAAGGUGAGAAAACGCCCAGGGUGAAACUGCAUCACAAGCAAUCAUGGAGCUCCAGGACAUUCAGUUUCCGGUUUUGUGUAUAAGCUCAAGCACUAUGGCUUCUCACAUUUGCUUAUGCUGUGCUUGUUACAAAAGAAGCUCAUUGCCAAUUGUAAGGCAUGUUUAUGAAACCCAUAAUUCUCUGCAGAAGGCAAUCAUGUGAACUGAGAGAGAGAGUAAUCUGUAUACAAUUGGGGACUUUGUGUAUGAGUGGUGUGCUUGUUCCCUAGGUUUUCUGUACCAAGCUCUUGAAAAGUAUGUGCUAACGGACUCUUGUCCGAUGGAAUGAGACAGGAUUCUUCCCAUCCAUCUUGUAAUGUGCUUACUCUCUCUUUACCUUCGCGGUUGUUCAUUUUGACUCUUGAAUGAAGAAAUUCUGCACUUGUUCUCUCA